AUGGCUGCCAUGGCUGCCAUUAAGGCCAUCGAAGCCAAUACUGUUCAUCGGAUCCAAUCUGGGCAGGUCAUUGUCGAUCUGUGUUCUGUGGUCAAGGAGCUUGUCGAGAACAGCCUUGAUGCUAAUGCUACGGCCAUAGACGUGCGCUUCAAGAAUCAAGGACUAGAAUCCAUUGAGGUUCACGACAAUGGAUCUGGCAUUUCGCCUGAUAACUACGAAGGAUUAGCCUUGAAGCACCAUACAUCCAAACUGGCGACCUUCUCUGAUCUCAACACUCUGUCCACAUUUGGCUUCCGUGGCGAGGCUUUGUCGUCGCUUUGCGCCUUGUCUCACUUCUCUGUCGUCACCUGCCUCGCCAGUGACACUCCCAGAGCGACCAAGCUAGAUUUCGAGCCAUCUGGCAGGCUCAAGGGCACUACCGUCGUCGCUGGGCAGAAGGGCACAGUGGUAAUGGUCAAUAGCCUGUUCCACAACCUCCCUGUCCGGCGACGUGAACUUGAACGUAACAUCAAGCGAGAGUGGAAUAAGGUCAUCACGCUUCUCAACCAAUACGCCUGCAUACAGACUGGUUUGAAGUUUACCAUUUCCCAGCAACCUAACAAGGGGAAACGCAUGGUUCUCUUCUCUACCAAGGGAAACACCACCGUCCGAGACAAUAUCAUCAACGUCUUCGGUGCCAAGACCACAGCUGUUAUGACGAGGCUCGAUGUCGAACUUCAGUUUGAGCCAUCAGCAGAAUCAGGCUUUACUUCAGCAAAACAGCCUAAUCAAAGCGCUUCCCCUGUUCAGGUCAAAGGAUUCGUCAGCCGACCCGCGCAUGGCGAAGGCCGUCAAACUCCAGAUCGUCAAAUGUUCUUCGUCAACGGACGACCUUGCAUUCUCCCUCAGUUUGCAAAGGUGUUCAAUGACGUGUACAGGUCGUAUAAUUCAUCACAAUCACCCUUUAUCCUCGCCAAUAUACAACUCGACACACAUCUUUACGAUGUGAAUGUUAGCCCAGACAAACGCACUAUUCUUAUGCAUGAGCAAAAUCGCAUGUUGGAUUCUCUACGCGAAGCUCUCACAUCCCUCUUCGAGUCCCAGGACUAUUCCAUCCCCUUGUCAUACAUGACACCAUCCAAGCCCGGACCAUCUGUGGCCUCUUCACCACAAUCUUACCCCGACAAGCAGUCGCAAUUGCGUCGGGUGACUUCAGACACGAGCAACGACGAUGAAUUUCUUCAGAAGCACAACACCGAGAAUCUCGGGCCAAGCUAA